AUGGCCGGCGCAAAGUCUCGCUGGGCCGACGACGAAGACGACGCCGCCGCCGACGCCCAGCGCAAGCGCGAAAAGGAGGAGAAGAAGCGCGCAAAGGCCGAGAAGCAGCGCAAGGCCGACGACGCCAGAAAAGCCCAGGAAGCCGCCGCCGCCGCCCGCCCCGCCAAGCGCCGCAAGCUGUCCGACGAUGAAGAGGCAGACGAGGGACAAGAGAAGAAGCCUCCGGGCCAGGCGCGCAAGCUGCUGCGCUUCGCGGCACCCGAAUGGGGCCCUAGCCGGCGAGUGGACAACUACGAGCGGCUGAACCACAUCGAGGAGGGGUCGUACGGAUGGGUGUCGCGGGCGCGGGACAUGGCGACGGGGGAGGUGGUGGCGCUGAAGAAGCUGAAGAUGGACAACCUCAACGACGGCUUCCCGGUCACGGCGCUGCGCGAGAUCCAGACGCUCACCGAGGCGCGGCACCGGCACGUCGUGGGGCUGCGCGAGGUCGUCGUCGGCGACGCCCUCAACGACGUCUUCCUCGUCAUGGACUUUGUCGAGCACGACCUCAAGACGCUGCAGGAGGACAUGGCCGAGCCCUUUCUGCCCAGCGAGGUCAAAACCCUCAUGCUGCAGCUCACAUCCGCCGUCUCGUACCUGCACGACCACUGGAUCCUCCAUCGCGACCUCAAAACCUCAAACAUCCUCAUGAACAACCGCGGCGAGAUCAAGAUUGCAGACUUCGGCAUGGCGCGCUACUUCGGCGACCCCCCGCCGCCCGACAUGACGCAGCUGGUCGUGACGCUGUGGUACCGCGCGCCCGAGCUGCUGCUGGGCGCGACCGAGUACGGCCGCGCCGUCGACAUGUGGAGCGUGGGAUGCAUCUUCGGCGAGCUACUAGCCAAAGAGCCGCUACUGCCAGGCAAAAACGAAGUCGACGAGCUGUCCAAGAUCUUCGAGCUCUGCGGCAUCCCCACCACCGCAACCUGGCCCUCCUUCCGCCGCCUCCCCAACGCGCGCUCCCUCCGCCUCCCGCCCACACCACAAGCCCAAACCACGGGCUCCAUCCUCCGCGCACGCUUCCCCCUCCUCACAACAUCCGGCGCAAACCUACUAACACAGCUCCUAACGCUCGACCCGGCGCAGCGGCCUGCCGCCAGCGCCGUCCUCGCCCACCCCUACUUCGCCGAGGCGCCGCGCCCCAAGGCCGCGGCCAUGUUCCCCACGUUCCCCAGCAAGGCGGGGCAGGAGAAGCGGCGGCGCGUGGCGAGCCCGUCGGCGCCGAGGAGGGGGGACGCGCCUGAUUUGCGCGGCCAGAUGGGCGGAGAGGUCGAUUUUAGUGGGAUUUUUAGUGGGAGGGUCGAGGGUGGCGCGGGGUUCCAGUUGAGGUUGGUGUAG